AUGGGGGAGAGGAUGAGAGGAAGAAAUAAAUUUCCGCUUGAGGCUGCUGAGCAGGCAAAAGCAAGUCCAGCCCUAGUUGCCAAAGAUCCUGGUGCAGCAGCUAACAAGAAAGAAGAAGAAGAUUUAGCUAAAGCAAUUGAACUGUCGCUAAAAGAACAAAGACAACAGCAGACAACACUUUCCAGUUUGUAUCCGAGCACUUCAAGCCUUUUAACAAAUCACAAACACGAGGGCAGAAAAGUUCGUGCGAUCUAUGAUUUUGAGGCUGCUGAAGACAAUGAAUUAACCUUUAAGGCUGGAGAACUUAUAACUAUCCUUGAUGACAGUGAUCCGAAUUGGUGGAAGGGUGAAACUCAUCAGGGUAUAGGACUGUUUCCAUCUAAUUUUGUUACAGCUGAUCUUUCUGCUGAGCCAGAAAUGAUGAAAGCUGAGAAGAAAACAGUGCAGUUCAGUGAUGAAGUUCAAGUAGAAACAAUAGAACCUGAGCCUGAGCCAGUUUAUAUUGAUGAAGAUAAAAUGGACCAGCUCUUGCAGAUGUUGCAGAGUGCAGAUCCAACUGAUGAUCAGCCAGACCUCCCAGAAUUACUUCAUCUUGAGGCGAUGUGCCACCAGAUGGGACCCCUCAUAGAUGAAAAAUUAAAAGAUAUAGACAGGAAACAUUCAGAACUUUCAGAGCUCAAUGUUAAAGCAAUGGAGGCUCUUUCUUUGUACAACAAAUUGAUGAAUGAAGACCCAAUGUAUUCCAUGUAUGCAAAGCUACAAAACCAACAGUAUUAUAUGCAGUCAUCUGGUGUUUCUGGCUCUCAGGUUUAUCCAGGGCAACCUCAAGGUAACGCAUAUUUAGUGGCAGGGAGUGCACAGAUGGGCCACAUCCAAGGCUAUAAUCUUCCUCCUGAACAACUCUCUUCUCUCAGCCAAGGCACAGUUACUCCAUCUGCCAGCUCAGUACUACCUGGUCAGCCUGCACAGACAUCGUACACAAAUGCAAUGGUUGGCUCUGUUGCUGGAAAUACUUACUCCAACCAGGCUUCAGUGUAUAGUCCACCACCUGCUGCUGUUGAUGUUGCUACUUAUCAGAAUGCUGGAACUAAUAUGUCCCAGGUGCCAAACUAUAACUUAGCAUCUACACCUCUGCCACAGACAGCUGGCAGCCAACAAGCACCUCCACAGCAAACACAGCCUCCACCUACUCAACAGCCACAGCAUAGCUAUUCACAGAAGGCUCUGCUAUAGGAUCCAGGACUUCUGAUUCCUAAUCUUCUUUAACCUCUGCUAAAGGCAGUUGACAAUGCUUUGAGUUUCUUCCUUUAAUCUCUUAAACUUUGUUUAUCUUCAGCUUAAUAAGAAUCUAUCUUGGUGAACAAGUUCAAUUUGCACUGACUUUUUAGGAUUUUUUUUUUUAAUUUUGCAGAGGAAUGGAUGUAUUUAGGACACUUAAUUCCUUUUAAAACAGCUAAAAAUUGGUACAAGAUUAUUUAUGUCUGGUAAAAUUGGCUAGUCUGUGAAAACCUCAACACUUGCAAACUGUUGUGGCAUAUAUGUUAUGUACAUAUAGUGUGUGAUUGCAGUAGUGGCCAUUACGUAUAGCUAUGGUGAUCAUGUGAAUAUAUUUAACACAAUGUUAAAAAAUAAUUUACAUAACUAUUUUAUUUUAAUCAUGAACUGACAACCAUGUUUCAUAGUUUUAUCUAGUUUUAUGACAGAUGUGAUGUCUUUUUCCAAUACAGGACAAGUGGUAAUUCUGCAUAUCAUGGUUACACUUACAGACUAAGGUCGAUACAUGAAUUCCAAACUUACCCAAGUCUAGGUUUCAUUACUUCCUGAAUUGAAUACAAGUGUGUCAUGACUAUUAAAUGGCUUUAUCUACCAAAGCAAACUAGAUAGCUAGUAAAUGAUCUGGGGGAUGAUAACAACAAGUUGUGGUUCUGCUUCACAUACAAUUAAUAACCUAAAACUACUAUUCAGAGGCUGCUAAACAUAUCAUGGGACCAUGCAACAGAUAAGGAUCUUGCAAUUUGUCAUGAAAAGCACAUAAUUUAUUUUUUUCCAAGUUGAUUUUUAUAAUGACAACGAGAACUGUAUUCUAUGUGUGUUGGUAGAGAGUACACCAAAGACAGAGAGAAAUUGAGUUGGAGGAGAAAUGGUGGAGUUUUAAACUGGAACGUGCAACAUAACACAACUUCAUUCAAGUCUUCUUAAUUAGAAAAUUAAUGGAGAAUUAUGGACAUUUAAAUCACUUUGCUGAACAACUUUCAGGGCUUUAUUUGAUCUCUUGUGGCCUUGCUUAGCAAUUUGUUCUAUUUGCUGUUUUUACACAAACACUUCUGCCUUAAACAUCUAUUAAUUUUUCAAUUUCCAGCUGUUCUGCCAGUUGAGUUUAUUAGUCCUUCUAUAGUGUGAAUAGAUAAGGCCUCUUAAUUUUGUUGACUUUCAAAUUACUUUGAAUUUUCUUCUGCAGCAACGUGCAUUAUUUGGAACCCUUGCAUUUCUCAGAAACGUAACCAGGUGUCUUUUUGAGGCAUAAUAUUUUCUUUCUGCAGCCAUGGUGCUGCAAAAGGAUUUUGGUAAUGAAAAUGGAAUUUUGUUACGCCUGAUCAGACUUAUUUGCACAAGAAUUGGUGUUACUUUGCAUUUGUAUUUGAUCUACUAAUGCAUUCUGGUUUCCUCGUACCUUUUCUGAUGACUCUCAUUCCAGUUAGAGCAAUACUAGGUGGCUUCAGCAUCAAAGCUGUGUUUUCAGUCUCGUUAAUGUAUGUGCCAGAAAUUGUUUGCUUUUGUGUACCGUAUUUUAGUGUGAUGCUUCUGGAAUUAAAUGUUGCAAUUGUACAUUAUAAUGUAAAUUAACCUCGGUAAUCCCUUAUACUCCUGCUCUAUGUGUUACCUAACAAAUCUUUGUUUCACCUGCUUAGUAGAGCUGGUGUUCUGCCUCUUAAUCCUUUUGGAUGGCUGAUUUGCCUAACUUUGUAGCCAGGAUGGUUACAAAACAUGGCCCUAGCUGAUGUGUUCCAGUCGGUGAUUUUCUAGCCAGAACAGCUUGUUUCAAUACUGGAAUGUUCAUAUUUUGUUUUGUUUUUUUCUUUCUCCAGAAUUCUUAAGCACACUCACAGACUGUUUGUAUUUGGUGUUAGCACAAAAGUCUGUGGAAUUUGGAAGGUAACACUAACAACUACAA